AUGAAAGGCAUCUCAAAUGCCUCUGACUCCGCAGUCAAGUGGACAAACCUGGAGUAUGAGAGGCAGGCCAAUCCUGAGAUAGUCGACAAGCUGAUUCCUGCCCACCUCUCAGGCCAGGUGUCUGGAACUGAUGCCCCUCUGGAGGACGGCAACGGUGGCGUUGGUGGAAGCGUUGGAGGCAGAAAGAGUUCACUCUUGGAGUCUACCUUAACUGGUGCAGCAGCAACGGUUAGGGAGACAGCACCAGGAGCAACACUGCAGAUCUCCGAGACGACUCUGCCCACGAACGAGGACAACGCUCCUACUCGAUCUCGGCACUCCAGUGGUCGUAGAUCGCCUGAUACGCAGCAACAAUCGUAA